GGACGUAUCUUUCCCCAAAGCAUCAAGAUGCCCGGCAAGACAUGAAAAUGGCAUCUCCAUGCCAAAAUACAGAAGUCCGGGGUAGGACACAAAAUGUUGGGGGGACACGUUACCCCCAAAUUGGAAUGACUCCCCUGUGGUAAGAGGAGGCGCUGUCAGUUGUAAGUGAGGACCAGUCCAUCUUCGACCCAUCCUUUGCCUCCUCACACCUCCUGAAGACCGAGGUGUCUCCGGUGGACGAUUAUGGCAGCAAGGAAGAGCCAGGGUUGGAAGACCCCUCGUGGUCAGCCCAGGUCAAUAGCCGAGGCCAUAUGGUGAAACAGGAGAACGAACAAGUCAAUUGCUCCAGCAGCAGACAAUCACCGGUGGAAUGCAGUGCCACCCGCAGGAACAAAGUGGAAGCGGCGGUCGACACAUCCCAAGUGCCCUACCCAACUGGAUACCCCAAUCAACGUAGUCCCCCCGUUUCUUCGUCCAGAGAAGAGAAGGUCAUUGUUCCAGCAGAUCCGGGUGUUUGGAGCUGCGACCAUGUCCGUCAGUGGCUGGACUGGGCAGUGAAGGAGUAUGGACUCCUCGACAUCGAAACCAGCCUUUUUCAGCACAUAGAUGGAAAGGAGCUCUGCAAACUUGGGAAGGAAGGGUUCCUACGCCUCACUUCACCCUACAACACCGAAAUUUUGCUGUCUCACCUCACCUACCUGCGCCAAAGCAGUCCCACUUUCACUUAUCCGUCUGCACCGGUGAUUACCCAGCAGCCUCCUCCGCCUCCACCAAGGGUCCAAGUCAAAUCUGAGUCUGCCUAUGACGAAAUCCGAAGAAGCAGUUGGGGCAGCAGUACGGUAAACACCACUCCCAAAGGUUCCCCACCGCAGAUCCAAACGGUGAGCCGGAUCCCGGAUUCUACACGCAUGGCACCUGUAGAUCCAUACCAAGUCCUUGGGCCCACUAGCAGCCGCUUGGCAAACCCAGGUAGCGGUCAGAUCCAGCUGUGGCAAUUUCUCCUGGAGUUGCUGUCGGACAGCAACAAUGCCAGCUGCAUCACCUGGGAGGGGACCAACGGCGAGUUCAAGAUGACGGAUCCCGAUGAAGUGGCGCGACGUUGGGGCGAGCGCAAGAGUAAGCCCAACAUGAACUAUGACAAGCUGAGCCGGGCGCUGCGCUACUACUACGACAAGAACAUCAUGACCAAAGUGCACGGCAAGCGCUACGCCUACAAGUUCGACUUCCAGGGCAUCAACCAAGCCCAGCAGGGGCAGCCCGGUGAGCCAGCCCUUUACAAAUACCACCACACGGAACUGCCUUAUCUGCCCCCCUACCACCAGCAGAAGGUGGGCUUCGGCCUGGGCCAUAGCACGCAGAUGCCCACCUCAUCCUCAGGUUUUUUCGGCCCACCUGCUCCCUAUUGGAAUUCCACAGCAGGAAACCUGUAUCAGAACCCCCCUGUGUCCAGGCAGGCUACCAACCACUUGGGCUCUUUCUUCUAAUCUCCAGAAAAUCCUGGAGCUACCUGAACUUCUACCAGAAGAUCUCAUUCAACAAACAUUCUACCACACCCAGAAACUGGGAUACAGAGGAAUAUCCUCUUGAACGUAUUCGUAGCCAUCAUGAAUAAAGAGGGCGUGGGGGAGAGCAGUACAACUUCCCGCCACCAACAGGCGCUGUUCUGCUGCGCUACCAAAACAAUUGUGUGAUCAUCCUCUAAUCCAGAGGUUCCCAAUCUUUUUCGGUUUGCGGCUCCCAUAACACUUCGGAUUUUUUCCGCGGCUCCCUUAAUAGGUACAUCCGAUUUUUUUUUAAUUUUUGUCUUUUUUUCUGAAUUUUUUUCUGAAAGCUGAAAUCUUUUCUGUUAACUUUAAAAUGUGCAUAUUGCCUCCUUGUAAAGAGAGAUUCAACACAUUCAACUUUUCAAAGAUAUCACAUAGGUAUGUGAGUUUAAUCAAAAAGUCUGUUUCUACAAAGUGUUUGGCAUACUCAUGUUUUGCUGAUGGACGCGCCGUCUCCUUUGAUGGGAGCGGCCUCUGUGGAACUUUCCCAGGCGUGGGGGUCCCUGCUUCGGUCUCGGAGUUUGGCCUCUCGCGAUCCCCUUGUUCCCUCGGGUCUCCGCCUUGUGGAGGAGGUGGCUGUUCUCGCCUCCAGCCUGGCUCACCUGGGAGGAACUAACGGGGCGGUUUUGCUAUUUUCUGCGCAGCCCCUCUUUCCCGAUGCCAUCGAGCGUGGUGGCCGCGGCCGUGUUGGGCAGCGUGUCGGGUGGUCUGGGAGGCCAGUGGCGUCGCGGGCAGACUGGAGGGGAGGUGCGCCGUUGCUUCGUCAGGCGGCGGGUCUGGGCGGGCGCUGUGGUUCAGGCGGGCGGGCGGGGCCGGAGCUCGCGCUUCUCCUUUGGUCCGUCGUCGGCGUCUGCCGUCUUCCUGCCUGCUGUGGCCUGCCCCGCGGGGGGUGUGGGUGCGGCUGUGCGGGGGUCCCUUGGCUUUUGGAGUUGUCCCGAGUUGCGGUGUGCGAGUCCUGGUCGCUGCGGCCGUGUCCGGCUUUGUGCGUCUGGGAUCUCGCGGCACCGCGUGCGGAGCGGACGCUGCUUCUUCGCGGCUCCCUUGUGGCGGUGGCGCGGCUCCCUGGGGAGCCGCGGCUCACAGUUUGGGAAUCACUGCUCUAAUCCACUCCUGGACUUAGGGUGGAAGACUUUACCAGCCAGAUUUUGUGCUAUCUACGCCUGAAUUUUGCAGAGAUAGGCCGGAUCUCAGACUUAUAGGCGACGCAGAUGAGUUGCCUCAGCUUGCUUAAUUCCCCACCCCCACCCACCCCAUCUAGUAUUACACCAUGUACAUUAUGGAAGCAGGAGUAGUAUGUUUCUUUGUAUAUGAAGUAGCGGCAAGGAUGAGGUUCUCACUUUAGGCCAAUGUUCCUCAAUCCUGGCGACUUGGAAGUUGUGGGGACUUCAACUCCCACAAUCCCUCAUGCCCUCAGCCUGCUGGUUAACAUCUUGCAUCCUGACUGGGGAAUUCUGGGAGUUGAAAUUUACUCAUCUUCAAAUUGCCAAGGUUGAGAAAUGUUACUUUAGCUAUUACAUUACAGUCAUUUUUAAUCUUUUCAGAAGUGGAAGUCCUGUCUAGGCCAAAUGUCCAACGUUUUCCCUCUGGUGCUGCUGUGAGCCAUUAAAAUACUUAAGUUGCAGUACUAGAAGGCUUUUGGGAACUGCCAAAACCUGAAAAAUUACAGUUCGGAGUUUCCUUUAGCCAGAUUUAUUAAAACGUAUGGGAGAUAGCAAGAAUUCCAGGAACUUUUCUCGAUUUAAAACCAGUAUCCCUCUAAGUAUUUUAGAGAGAUUUUCUGAUUUUUUUUUCCCUCCUAACCACCUAUACUCUGUGGGUCCCUUUAGCUGUUUUCAAGAGGGCCUUCUGAAUCAUUUUGAGUUUGGAGACCAACUCUUCCAAAUUCAAUUUCAGAGAAGGACCAAAUUCAACAGACUUGCUUUCUCAAAACGAGGACAUUCCAGAGGUGUGGACCUAAGAGGCCCAUAAUUCCCAGCUGGCUAGUUAACAUGUUUAUUCUUUUGGAAUUAUGGGAAUUGUUGUUCCAAUGCAUCUCAAUUGGUCCAGACUGGCAAAGAUUGGAAGUUCUUGGGGAAAGAAAGAAGCAAAAAGUAACUGUAGUUCUGCUUGCCCUUAUAAAGUGUUGAAAUUUCGGAACUUUUCAUAUGCUGAUAAUGAGGGGUAGGGUGGGGGGAUGAACAGAUUCUGGACUCUUUUCACCCAUAAUAUGGAUGGCUCAAUGGAAGCACAAUAAGCAGAUAAACUACUGAAGCUGUAGGGUGGACUGAACAGCAAAAACGUGGCCCUAACCCUAACCCUAGAGCUACCUGCAAAUUUAAAACUAACAGUACUGUUACUGUGUUAGCUUUCUAUUUAUAGGAAUACCUCAUUAUUAUUAUUAUUAUUAUUUUUAUUAUUAUUAUACACACUGGAAUGAACCACCUCUAGGCUGCAGUAGCAUAGUACUCUAUGAUCCUAUGGGUAUCAAGUCAAAUAAGUCAGGUAGUGAUGGUAUAACAAGCUGUUGGGUGUAUAGAGACUAAAUGCUCCAAUAGAAUAGUGUUUCUCAACCUCUACAACGUUAAGAUGCAUGGACUUCAACUCCCAGAAUUCGCCAUACCCAGCACGUUGGCUAGGGGGAAUUCUGGGAGUUGAAGUCCACACAUCUUAAAAGAUGCUGAGGUUCAGAAACACUGCCGUAGAGCAAAUGGGGAAGGUUACCUCUCAUGUUACCAGCGUGUCCUGGUGUGGUCCCAUUUUCACUUAGAGCGUCUCUAAAAUCAUUUAACGAUGGAUCUGAAAGGGGGCCUCAGAAGCCAUCUAGACCAGGGGUCUCCAACCUUGGCAACUUUAAGCUUGGAGGAUUUCAAUUCCCAGAAUUCUGGGAGUUGAAGUCCACCAGGCUUAAAGUUGCCAAGGUUGGGGACCCCGAUCUAGACCAACCCUAUGCAGUGUAGAAAUCUUGCACCUGCAGCUCUCAGACCAGACGUUACCCCUCUUUGAGAACCUCUAAUGAGAACGCACCAGUUUCCCAAGACAGAUUGCUCUACUGCUAAAUAGUUCUUAUCGAUCAUGAUGCUUCUCUUAAAAAAGCCUUUCCCCCCCAGUGUUUAAAGAACUAUUUUUCUAGUUUAAAAUGCUGAAAAUUCACUCGUUGAGAGCUCGGACUGUUUUGCCUGGUGGAAGAAAUGGCUCACGUUUUUGCAUGAUGUAUGUACUCUCUCUACGUGCACAAAUCAGAAUUUAAGCAAACUUAAAUAUUUAUAUCGUUCCAAAGAUACAGUGACUCCCCCCAGCCCAGGGGGGAGGAAUGGAGAGAAACCAGGAGGUGGCUGUUCCUCAGCAAAUAUUCCUUUACACCAGGGGUGUCAAACUCAAAGCCUGGGGGCUGCAUUCGGCCCGCGGGGUGCUUAGAUCUGGCCCACGGGAGCACCCUGGAAACAGCGAGGGACCAGCCCAUGGUGCCUCUGCCAGCGAAAACAGAGCUUGGGAGGGCUGCAGACGGCCCUCUUGAGCACCGUUUUCACUGGCCGAAGGUUGCAGGAGGCCGUCGCAGCCUAAAACGGAGCUCGGGAGCCCGUUUUCACUGGCACAAGCGCUUGGGCCGCCACAGGCGACCCCGACACGAGUGACAUUGAGUUGGCCACGCCCACCCUGGCCACGCCCACAAUGCCCAAGGUCAAACACAACCCUGAAACGGCCCUCAACGAAAUCGAAUUUGACACCCCCGCUUUACACCCUCAACUCACGAACUGCGCCCAAAAUUCCUGAUGCUAAACAAGACAAUCGUCGAGUGAGUUUUGCCCCUUUUUACAACCUUUCACGCCGCAGUUGUUAAACGAAUCACACUGCAGUUGUUUAGUUCGUAACGCGGUUAUUGAGCGAGUCUGCCUUCCCCAUGGACUUUUGCUUGUCAGAAGGUCGCCAAAGAGGGUCACAUGACCCCGGGACACUGCAACCGUCAUAAAAACAUGCCAAUUGCCAAGGGACUGAAUUUUGAUCACAUGGCCCUGGGGAUGCUGCAGUGGCUAUAAAGUGUGAAAAAAAGGUCACAAAUCACUUAAGUGCUGUUGUAACUUUGGGCAAUCAAACGGAUGGUUAUAAGGACUACCCGAAUAUAGAACCUCAGGAGAGUGCCUGCAGCCCACAAAACCACAUCUGCAUCGAUUUAACUACCUUCUGCAACACAAGAGAUGUACAGUGCUGCACUUAACUUUUGUGAAUAUUUUCCCCUCCCCAACGCAAUCACACCCCCACUUCUCUGUUCUAGAACUCUUUUUAUCGUUUUGUACCUGUUUACUGUGUAUUAAAAGUUGUGUUAUGGUUUAA